CAAGUGCCCCAUGCUGCCUCCCGCUUCUCCGCCGAAUGCUUCGCUUCACUUCGCUUCAUUUCGCUUCACUUCGCGUCUCUUUUUCUGCUCAGCUCCUCAGACCGCCGCACCUCACCUCCCGGGAUUCUGUCCUAUCAAGUAAGCGGCUACCGCCUAGCUGCAUCCAAGGGUGUUUGUCUUGUAAAGCCCGACCGACUAUUGUCCCUACGGUCUACCACUGCUGCAGGUGCACAGAGUUGACUGGCUCGUGGCCCUGCGGUCCGGGCGAUGAAGUGGUCUGAGCUGGCUCUGUUGGCCCUUGGGCCGGGUGAAACGCUGGGGCAAGUGCUUCAAUGGCAGAUUUCCAAGCGUCCCGAGCUGCCUCGACUCCGCCGCCGCGAUGGUUCUAGCUUCGUCAGCUCUAUCACGAAUAACGUUAACGAAGGAGGCUACUUUGCCACCGUCAAGGUUGGCUCCCCUGGCCAGGAGCUUUCGCUGCAGCUCGACACGGGAAGCAGCGAUGUAUGGGUGCCGUGGAGCGGUGCGAAACUAUGCAAGGAUCAGGCCGAUGGCGGCUGCCCUCUCGGAAGCUUCAAGCCUCAGCAGUCCAACACUUUCGAUGACGUUGGGGAGAACCUCUUCAACAUUCAGUAUCAGGAUAAAGACUUCGCCAAGGGCGACUACUUCACUGAUCGUUUUCAGAUCGGCUCGGCCAAUCUCAGUAACCUGACGAUGGGACUCGGCACCUCCACUUCGAUUCCUUACGGACUCAUUGGUAUUGGCUACAUCAACAAUGAGGCGUCACUGCAGACCACCAACGAGACAUAUCCAAAUCUACCCGUCGCCUUGCAGCAAGCUGGCCUGAUAAAGACUGUUGCGUAUAGCUUGUGGCUGAACGAUCUGAGCUCUAGCUCUGGAAGCAUACUCUUCGGCGGCAUUGACACGGAAAAGUAUGUCGGAGACCUGACCACAUUACCAGUUCUCCGCAACGAGCGAGCAGACAAUUACACAGAGUUCGCCGUCUCCUUGUACUCGGUUGAAGCCUCCAGCAACAGCGGCAGCGACACGCUUACGUCGCCACAACUGCCUGUGAAGGUGGUUCUGGACUCAGGCACCUCACUGACAUAUUUGCCUCAGGACCUGGCAACUCAGGUGUGGGACGAGGUUGGAGCCGUAUGGGACUCCAGCGUCAACGCCGCCGUCCUGCCAUGCUCCUUUGCGAACCACGGUGGACACUUCUCUUUUGUGUUUGCGGGCCCUAAAGGACCCCGAGUCAAUGUCACCAUGGACGAGCUGGUAUUGCCUAUCUCGACGGGUCAGGCACCCCAGUUCGCCUCAGGGCCUUACCGUGGCCAGCCCGUCUGUGAGUUCGGCAUCCUCAACCAGACGCAGGCGCCGUAUUUACUGGGCGACACGUUCCUGCGUUCGGCAUAUGUGGUGUACGAUUUGAAGAACAAUCAGGUCGCGAUUGCCGCCACCGACUUCAACUCGACCAAGACAAAUGUGGUCGCCUUUGCGAGCGACGGAGCCUCUAUUCCGUCAGCAACGGCCGUGUCCAACGAUGGCAGCGGCACGCCUCCUCCUCAGGCCACCCAGUCCGGUCUUGCCGCUUCAAAGGGAUUCCAAGCAGGAAGUGGCGCAACCGCCUCGGAUCCGAUGUCUCGAGUCGGUUUCAUUGUCCUUGGGCUGACACUGGCUCACAUACUCGUUCUCAGCUGUUAACGAUGAGUCGCCGACACGGGAUGGGGAGCCUAUAAGAAGCACACCCGAUGGUGCCGACUCUGGCUGAAGGGCGUGCAGGAAGAAAAGAAAUUAAAAUGGCCGUAUGAUCUCUAGUAUAGACGUACAUAUAGUGAUGCGGAUGCCGAGUGCAGAGAAUGAGUCAAACGCCUCACCUAUAGCGUUUGUCGUAAGCCCAUUCAAGCGGGCCGUCGGCUCCUCUGCCGGUUUCAUUAUAGAUACCAAGGAAAUAAAAUAUCGCAC